CGCGGAUCUUUAUGGUCUGCGUUUCUAUAUUAGCCUCAGCAGCCUGAUGACACCUUUAUGAAAGGUUGAAACACGAUAAAUUACCAAUAUUCCAUGUUUUAUGUAUUCCCCCCAAAGCCGACAAUUAAACAUGAUUCACCAAACAGCAAAUACUUUGCAUACAUCCAUUAUUGAAUUAGUAAAAUCCAUAUGAUGGAGGAUGUGCAAACUGCAAAUCGUUAACGCUUUAGAACUACAUAUUUCUGUAUUGCCCUGGAAAGAACUGUACACAAAUGAAUAUUCCCUGUCUUUUUAAUUUUUACGGACGGAGUGUAUGGGCCACAUGCAAGUUAGGGGCUGAUCUGCUGAUUUUGCUGCCACUAGAGCAGAGGGAUAGUGAAAGCGGGGCUGAGCGCAGCACCGACCAAUCUCAUCGCCGCGCUUGCCCCGCGUGGAGGGAGCCGAGUGCCCGAACCUGAGGGAGAGACCUGGUACUAGAAUGGCCCGCGGACCCCGGCGUCUCCCGGGGCACGGGGGUUGAGCGCGAUCGCCCGCGUUUUACGGCUAGGGAAACUGAGGCGGCCACCGAGGGGACGCCUCGAAACCAUUCCGGCGAGAGCUGGCGGCGGCCUUGCUCUGCGAGCUCUUCGCGCCACUCGCCCUCCCCGCCCGCCCGCCGGCCUCAGGAUUGAGGAAGUGCGUCUGGGCCCGGCCCCGGCGCGCGGCCCGAGGCGCGGGGGGCAGACGGCUGUGGGACGGCCAGGCCCCGGCCCGCCAGUGUCCGCCCAGCCCCGCGUCCCGGAGCGUCCGUACCCGGGCCCCGCCGCCGCCGCAGAACAAGAAAGCUUUCUGCUCAUCCAUGGCUAUGAGUUCAUGCCUUAAUGCACCCCACGGCCAGUGACAGUGGCAGUGACAACAGCGGGACCUGCCUUUGAAGAUUGGCUGCUGCAAGGGUUGAUGGCUGGCAUGUCGCAAAGACCACCCAGCAUGUACUGGUGUGUGGGGCCGGAGGAGUCAGCUGUGUGUCCAGAACGCGCCAUGGAGACGCUUAACGGUGCUGGGGACAUGGGCAGCAAACCGUCCACACCAGGCGGUGACCCUACAGCGCAGUCCCCGAGGACGGAAGGCAUUCGCGCCGCGUACAGGCAGGGAGACCGUGGCGGCGCCCGGGACCUGCUCAAGGAGGCCUGCGACCAGUGCACGUCCCAGCUGGAAAAGGGCCAGCUUCUGAGCAUCCCAGCGGCCUAUGGGGAUCUGGAGAUGGUCCGCUAUCUACUCAGCGAGAGACUGGUGGAGCUGCCCACUGAGCCCAUGGAUGACAACCCAGCCGUGGUAGCAGCGUAUUUUGGGCACACGGCCAUUGUGCAGGAAUUGCUUGAGUCCUUACCAGGUCCCUGCAGUCCCCAGCGGCUGCUGAACUGGAUGCUGGCCUUGGCUUGCCAACAAGGGCACCUGGGGGUUGUGAAGCUCCUGGUACUGACACACGGGGCUGACCCAGAGAGCUACGCUGUCAGGAAGAAUGAGUUCCCAGUCAUCGUGCGCUUGCCCCUGUAUGCGGCCAUCAAGUCAGGGAAUGAAGACAUUGCAAUAUUCCUGCUUCGGCAUGGGGCCUAUUUCUGUUCCUACAUCUUACUGGAUAGUCCUGACCCCAGCAAACAUCUGCUGAGAAAGUAUUUCAUUGAAGCCAGUGCCUUGCCCAGCAGUUAUCCAGGAAAAACAGCGCUCCGUGUGAAAUGGUCCCAUCUCAGAUUGCCCUGGGUAGACCUAGACUGGCUCAUAGACAUCUCCUGCCAGAUCACGGAGCUCGACCUUUCUGCCAACUGCCUGGCGACCCUCCCCUCGGUUAUCCCCUGGGGCCUCAUCAACCUCCGGAAGCUGAACCUAUCGGACAACCACCUGGGGGAGCUGCCUGGCGUGCAGUCAUCGGAUGAAAUCAUCUGUUCCAGACUACUUGAAAUUGACAUUUCCAGCAACAAGUUGUCCCACCUCCCUCCUGGAUUCUUGCACCUCUCAAAACUUCAAAAACUGACAGCUUCAAAAAAUUGUUUAGAAAAAUUGUUCGAAGAAGAAAAUGCCACUAACUGGAUCGGUUUACGGAAGCUACAGGAACUUGAUAUAUCUGACAAUAAAUUGACAGAACUCCCUGCCCUGUUCCUUCACUCUUUCAAGUCCCUCAAUUCUCUGAAUGUCUCCAGAAACAACCUGAAGUUGUUUCCAGAUCCCUGGGCCUGCCCUUUGAAAUGUUGCAAAGCUUCCAGAAAUGCCCUGGAAUAUCUGCCAGACAAAAUGGCUGUCUUUUGGAAAAAUCACCUGAAGGAUGUGGAUUUCUCAGAAAACUCACUCAAAGAAGUUCCCCUGGGACUUUUCCAACUCGAUGCCCUCACAUUCUUGAGGUUACAAGGGAACCAGCUGGCAGCACUUCCACCUCAAGAGAAGUGGACCUGCAGGCAGCUCAAAACCCUGGAUCUCUCCAGAAACCAACUUGGCAAAAAUGAAGAUGGACUGAAAACAAAGCGUAUUGCCUUUUUUACCACCAGAGGUCGCCAGCGCUCCGGGACUGAGGCAGCGUGUGUGCUGGAAUUUCCGGCCUUCCUAAGUGAGUCUUUGGAAGUCCUUUGCCUGAACGACAACCACCUCGAUGCAGUCCCUCCCUCGGUUUGCCUACUGAAGAGCUUAUCAGAGCUCUACUUGGGAAACAACCCUGGCCUCCGGGAGCUCCCUCCUGAGCUGGGGCAGCUGAGCAACCUCUGGCAGCUGGACACUGAAGACCUGACCAUCAGCAAUGUGCCUGCCGAAAUCCGAAAAGAAGGCCCCAAAGCAAUGCUGUGUUACCUGCGUGCUCAGCUGCGGAAAGCAGAGAAGUGCAAGCUGAUGAAGAUGAUCAUCGUGGGCCCCCCGCGCCAGGGCAAGUCCACCCUCCUGGAGAUCUUACAGACGGGGAGGGCCCCCCAGGUGGUGCACGGAGAGGCCACCAUCAGGACCACCAAGUGGGAGCUCCAGAGGCCGGCUGGCUCGAGAGCCAAGGUUGAGUCUGUGGAGUUCAACGUCUGGGACAUCGGGGGACCGGCCAGCAUGGCCACUGUCAACCAGUGCUUCUUCACAGACAAGGCCCUGUAUGUGGUGGUCUGGAACCUGGCACUGGGGGAGGAGGCCGUGGCCAACCUCCAGUUCUGGCUGCUCAACAUCGAGGCCAAGGCCCCAAAUGCCGUGGUGCUGGUGGUCGGGACACACCUGGAUUUAAUUGAAGCCAAGUUCCGUGUGGAAAGGAUUGCAACGCUGCGUGCCUAUGUGCUGGCGCUCUGCCGCUCCCCCUCCGGCUCCAGGGCCACAGGCUUCCCAGACAUCACCUUCAAACACUUACAUGAGAUUUCCUGCAAGAGCCUGGAAGGCCAGGAAGGGCUGCGGCAGCUGAUCUUCCACGUCACGUGCAGCAUGAAGGACGUGGGCAGCACCAUCGGCUGCCAGCGACUGGCAGGGAGGCUGAUCCCCAGGAGCUACCUGAGUCUGCAGGAGGCCGUGCUGGCAGAGCAGCAGCGCCGCAGCCUGGACGACGACGUGCAGUACCUGACGGACAGGCAGCUGGAGCAGCUGGUGGAGCAGACGCCCGACAAUGACAUCAAAGACUACGAGGACCUGCAGUCGGCCAUCAGCUUCCUCAUAGAAACUGGCACCCUGCUACACUUCCCAGACACCAGCCACGGCCUGAGGAACCUCUACUUCCUCGACCCUAUUUGGCUGUCCGAAUGUCUGCAGAGGAUCUUUAACAUUAAGGGCUCCCGGUCAGUGGCCAAGAAUGGGGUGAUCAGAGCAGAAGACCUCAGGAUGCUGCUGGUGGGGACUGGCUUCACACAGCAGACGGAAGAGCAGUACUUCCAGUUCCUGGCCAAGUUUGAGAUCGCCCUGCCCGUCGCCAAUGACAGCUACCUCCUGCCCCAUCUCCUUCCAUCUAAACCUGGCCUGGACACCCACGGCAUGCGGCACCCCGCAGCCAACACCAUUCAAAGGGUAUUCAAGAUGAGCUUCGUUCCUGUUGGCUUCUGGCAAAGGUUUAUAGCACGGAUGCUGAUCAGUCUGGCGGAGAUGGACUUGCAGCUUUUUGAAAACAAGAAGAAUACUAAAAGCAGGAACAGGAAAGUCGCCAUUUACAGUUUUACAGGAAACCAGAGAAAUCGCUGUAGCACAUUCAGAGUGAAAAGAAAUCAGACCAUCUAUUGGCAGGAAGGGCUCCUGGUCACUUUUGAUGGGGGCUACCUCAGUGUGGAAUCUUCCGAUGUGAACUGGAAAAAGAAGAAAAGUGGAGGAAUAAAAAUCAUUUGUCAAUCAGAAAUGAGGGACUUCUCAGCCAUGGCUUUCAUCACAGAUCAUGUCAAUUCCUUGAUUGAUCAGUGGUUUCCUGCCCUGACGGCCACAGAGAGUGACGGGACUCCACUCAUGGAGCAGUAUGUGCCCUGCCCAGUCUGCGAGACAGCCUGGGCCCAGCACACAGACCCCAGUGAGAAAUCAGAGGGUGUGCAAUACUUCGACAUGGAAGACUGCGUCCUCACAGCCAUCGAGCGGGACUUCAUCUCCUGUCCCAGACACCCGGACCUCCCCGUGCCGCUCCAGGAGCUGGUCCCUGAACUGUUCAUGACCGACUUCCCGGCCAGGCUCUUCCUGGAGAACAGCAAGCUGGAGCACAGCGAGGACGAGGGCAGCGUCCUGGGCCAGGGUGGCAGUGGCACCGUCAUCUACCGGGCCCGGUACCAGGGCCAGCCCGUAGCUGUCAAGCGCUUCCACAUCAAAAAAUUCAAGAACUUUGCUAAUGUCCCGGCAGACACCAUGCUGAGGCACCUGCGGGCCACGGACGCCAUGAAGAACUUCUCUGAGUUCCGGCAGGAGGCCAGCAUGCUGCACGCGCUGCAGCACCCCUGCAUUGUGGCGCUUAUCGGCAUCAGCAUCCACCCGCUCUGCUUCGCCCUGGAGCUCGCGCCACUCAGCAGCCUCAACACCGUGCUGUCCGAGAACGCCAGAGAUUCUUCCUUCAUACCGCUGGGACACAUGCUCACCCAAAAAAUAGCCUACCAGAUUGCCUCGGGCCUGGCCUACCUGCACAAGAAAAACAUCAUCUUCUGCGACCUGAAGUCGGACAACAUUCUGGUGUGGUCCCUUGACGUCAAGGAGCACAUCAACAUCAAGCUAUCUGACUACGGGAUUUCGAGGCAGUCAUUCCAUGAGGGUGCUCUAGGCGUGGAGGGCACUCCUGGCUACCAGGCCCCAGAGAUCAGGCCUCGAAUUGUAUAUGAUGAGAAGGUAGAUAUGUUCUCCUAUGGAAUGGUGCUCUACGAGUUGCUGUCAGGACAGCGACCUGCACUGGGCCACCACCAGCUCCAGAUUGCCAAGAAACUGUCCAAGGGCAUCCGCCCAGUUCUGGGGCAGCCGGAGGAAGUGCAGUUCCAUCGAUUGCAGGCACUCAUGAUGGAGUGCUGGGACACUAAGCCAGAGAAGCGACCGCUGGCCCUGUCGGUUGUGAGCCAGAUGAAGGACCCGACCUUUGCCAUCUUCAUGUAUGAGCUGCACUGUGGAAAGCAGACAGCUUUCUUCUCGUCCCAGGGCCAGGAGUACACCGUGGUGUUUUGGGACGGAAAAGAGGAGUCCAGGAACUACACGGUGGUGAACACAGAGAAGGGUCUCAUGGAGGUGCAGAGGAUGAGCUGCCCCGGGAUGAAGGUGAGCUGCCAGCUCCAGGUCCAGAGAUCCCUGUGGACAGCCACUGAGAAUUCCUACCUGGUCUUAGCGGGCCUUGCCGAUGGGCUUGUGGCUGUGUUUCCCGUGGUGCGGGGCGCCCCAAAGGACAGCUGCUCCUACCUGUGCUCACACACAGCCAACAGGUCCAAGUUCAGCAUCGCAGACGAAGACGCACGGCAGAACCCCUACCCAGUGAAGGCCAUGGAGGUGGUCAACAGUGGCUCUGAGGUCUGGUACAGCAAUGGGCCGGGCCUCCUUGUCAUUGACUGUGCCUCCCUGGAGAUCUGCAGGCGGCUGGAGCCCUACGCGGCCCCCUCCGUGGUUACGUCGGUCGUGUGCAGUUCUGAGGGCAGAGGGGAGGAGGUCGUCUGGUGCCUGGAUGACAAGGCCAACUCCUUGGUGAUGUACCACUCCACCACCUACCAGCUGUGUGCCCGGUACUUCUGUGGGGACCCCAGCCCCCUCAGGGACAUGUUUCCCGUGCGGCCCUUGGACAUGGAACCCCUGGCAGCCAGCCACACUGCCAACCCAAAGGUGCCCGAGGGGGACUCCAUCGCGGACGUGAGCAUCAUGUACAGUGAGGAGCUGGGCACACAGAUCCUGACCCACCAGGAGUCACUCACCGACUACUGCUCCAUGUCCUCCUACUCCUCAUCCCCACCCCGCCAGGCUGCCAGGUCCCCCUCCAGCCUCCCCAGCUCCCCGGCAAGUUCUUCCAGCGUGCCUUUCUCCCCCGACUGCGAGGACUCAGACAGGCUACACGAGCCCAGUGCUGCCUCUGACAGGUCUGAGCAUGACCUGACCCCCAUGGACGGGGAGACCUUCAGCCAGCACCUGCAGGCCGUGAAGAUCCUCGCCGUCAGAGACCUCAUUUGGGUCCCCAGGCGCGGUGGAGAUGUUAUCGUCAUUGGCCUGGAGAAGGAUUCUGGCGCCCAGCGGGGCCGAGUCAUCGCCGUCUUAAAAGCCCGAGAGCUGACUCCACAUGGGGUGCUGGUGGAUGCUGCUGUGGUGGCAAAGGACACUGUUGUGUGCAGCUUUGAAAACGAAAACACAGAGUGGUGCCUGGCUGUCUGGAGGGGCUGGGGCGCCAGGGAGUUUGACAUUUUCUACCAGUCCUACGAGGAGCUGGGCCGGCUGGAGGCUUGCACACGCAAGAGAAGGUAAUUCCUGUGGAAUGACAGUCACACAUGCAAAGCUGGCUGGUCCCAGGUUGCAGCCUGACCCCUCUGCCAUCAGCCUCUAGUUCUCCAAGGACCUAGAAGACAGAUGGAGCUCUCCCCUGAACUCCUUGACUCCUUGCUGCUAAGAAGUGCUGAGAAGUUACCCGCCUAGGGGUGGCUCCAGGGUUCUCUGGUUCUCCGGAGCAGAGUUAUCUGAAUACCCCAUCCCCCAGCUGCUGAUUUCACAGCCCCAGGGAAGACAGUGGUAUCAGGCCGGGCAGGGCCUCCGCUGGCCUCCUCCAUCAGUUUCCAGGAGCAGGGGUGGAGGAUCCCGUUCUGAGCUGGGUCAAACAAAGUAGGGCCGGGCCUUCCUGCCAUCCCCGGGUCUCAGAUGGAAUUACACUAGAGGCCCUGGGUUGGGAAGCAGUUGAGGUAGAGCAGGAGGGGGGCUGUAACCCCUGCCCUUUCCCCACCGGAGACCUCAGGCUCUCAGCACAUUCCACAGGCUCCUGAGUCCCUGAGGCCUCGGCCAGCUUGGGCAAGCCAAGAUCAGAUGUCUCUGAGUUCGGGAAGGUCUCCGUGUGGGAAAGCCCUCGGAGGACGCUGGGUGAGGAGCGUUGCCCCAUCCGGAGAAUGAAUGAGUUCCUUUAAGUGUCGCAGCCAGAAAGCCCAGAGGCGCAUAGUGCGAGUGCACCAGCUUAGCCUUUACAUUCCUCUCCACCGACAAAAGGAAGGGGAAACUCAAUCAGCAGGACUUCAGAAAGGGCCUUGUGUUUAUAGCUUUGUCAAGUAAAUUUGGACGCAGCUGGAGCACAAGCCCUGUUUGUUUGCACAUAAAAAUCUUGUUUAUCACUUUUAAAAAUUCAGUAAUAUCUCAGCGGUCAGGCUUCUGGUUGUGAAAUCACAUUGUAUGGGAUUUAUACCAAAUUAUGUAUUUGCUAAACUUUCGCUCCACACGUGUACAGCAGAGUACAAAAAGGAAAAUUGUCCAUAGGGGGCUUAUGGAUACAACAGCAAACAUUGUAUAAAUUAUGCACAUGUAUGUAUUACACACAUGCACACAUAUAUGCACACACAUGUGCAAACAUAGCCACAUUUUUGUCAAGGGUUACCCUUUGUGGCUCCUUAAACCAGAAUGGGAGUUUGAAAGAGAGAUCAUACUCCAGCUGAAGUUUGUUGACCCUUUUCUAAAAUUAAAAAGAUCAAAUUUAGUAUUUGCGGGAUAUGCAGGGGGAUGAGACUCUUUUAAUCUCAAAAUAAACAGAUUCUUUCAAGAAUGAA